AUGGAGGCCGAGAAGAGCUCCCUCGUGAUGCGGGACUUGGAGACCCCAAAGAAAGACAUACAGAUGCGAGUGACCCCGCCGGAAGUGAAAUUUCUGGACGCGCUGGCAGGGAGGGUCUACCGCCUCCCAGUUACCGUACACAAUCUCGGCCGAAGCAACCAGAAAAUCCGUUUUCAGGAGCCUGUCAAGCCACAGUUCAAACUGAUUUUGACCAAUCGGGAUAAAGAACUUGCUUCUGGCCUUCAGACAACAGCUAUGGUGGAAUAUCAUCCUGAUAAGAAUGAAGACAUGUGUGACCAACUUCUUAUUUCAGUAGGAAAUAAAACAAUAGAGAUCCCUCUAAUUGGGUUGAUUCCAUCAUGUCAAUUGGAAAUUGAGCCCGAAGUUAAUUUUGGGACUUUGGUUGCCAGUAGUAAAGUGUGUUGUAAAGAGAUUAGUAUCAUUAACCAUGGCAGUGUGCCAGGUAUCUUUAAAACAGAAUACCAGGGCCAACUACCCAUUGUCAUUUUUCCAACCAGUGGUGUUGUGCAGCCCAAGUCAUCAAUGGUUAUUAAAGUGGAUUUUUGUGCAGACCAGCCCAUAGUUGUAAACGAAUUGGCAAAAGUGAGUUUGCAAGAUCGUCCAGACAUAUUCUUGAAUAUCAGAGCCCAUGUGGUUGAGCAGAUUAUUGAAUUGUUAAACAUAAAUAAUGAUAGAAAGUUGGAAUGCAUAAGCUUUGGUUCUGUUUUCUUUGGAACGUCAAAGAUUGAACAUGCACUUCUGUACAAUAAUAGCCCAGAACCUAUAAAUUGGGUAGCCAUAAUGCAAGAUGAUUCCAUUGGAGAAGAAUUGGGUACAAAUAUUAAACAAAGCACAGAUGUUGCUUUAAAUAAUCUCGCCUACUUAAAGAAAAUAAAGAGCAUAGAUAUUACCACAAUUAUCUCCUGUGUUCCUAAUGAAGGGAGGUUACUACCUUAUCAAAAGAUUUUAAUUACAUUUUGUUUCAGCCCAAAGUUAAUCAUUGGUGGUCAAAAGAAUGAUCCUUCACAUAGGCAAGACUAUGCUAUUUUCUUGAGAUUUGAGUCUGUAGGAACUAAAGAUGGAUUUUUGAGAGAUGAUAAUCAAAUCAUCAAAAGUGACUCAUUUCAGAAAGUGGAAUUAGCCCUGACAGGCUCAGGACUUCCAGUCUUACUACAGUUUGAUCCUGGAAGGGUUCUUAAUUUUGCACCUUGUUUCAUGGGUGGACAUUCAGAGAUUCAUUGUGUUAUGCAAAAUCGAUCCAAAUCCCUUCCUCUCAUGUACCACUUUAAAAAAACUGCAUAUUUUAAAAUUGAUCCUCAAAAGGGCAAGAUUGAUGAAGGAUGUAUGCAGAAUGUGACAUGUUCAUUCAUUCCACAUCAAGUUGGAGUCUUUAAAGUGAAGCAAUUUAUAGAGAUUAUCGGCUCAGUGGCAGAUGAAAAUUUGCAGUCUUCAUCACUGAAGCCUUUCCAUCAGAUAUAUUUAUAUUUUAAUAGUGUCUGCAAGCCUUCCACCAAGAAAGUUGUGAUGAAAGUUAAUCCUGGUCUAUCCCCUUUGGUCAGUAAUCCUACGGGACAGUUUGUGGUGGAAGACUUGGUGCAGUACAAGGACCAUGCACCUGUUGCGAUGCUUCAGUCAACCAUGACACACAUUCACAAUCAUAAGAUAAAUAAAGAGUUAAUAAAGGGUGCACUGAUAGCCUUUCCCAACGACCGAGCUGCAAGUAUCCGGUCUGGAGAAGACCAUAAAAAUUUCAGGACGAUUUUCACAAAGAUUCCAAGAUAUAACUAUGUGGAUCCUGAUUUUGCAUAUACUAAAUUUGAAAAGAUAGAAAAGAAAUCUCAUGAAAAAUAUUAUGCAGACUACAUUAAAUAUUUAAGAAAUGUGCGCCUGAAGAAAGAAGCACACAGGAAGUGCAUAUACUCAUAUAAUGACAUAGACAUAGGAUUACAUCCUGCAUCUGGUCUAAAAGCACCCACUGUCUCAGAAGUGGAAAUGGAAGAGGAGUUAUCUUCAGCACAGUGUUGGAUCAAACAAAACCAAUUGCUAUGUGCCAGAAAUAUAGCAUUGAAGGAGACAGAGUCUCUGAGAAGAAAGGUUCUUAAAGGACUUAAAUCAGACCCUUCCACACCCCAUGAAAAACAUGAUUGCAGCUUAAUUUUGACACCAAAGCAAAUUUAUCAAGUAAUUGUUGGGCCCUCUGUCCUUAACUUUGGUGAUGUUUGUGUGAACUCAACAAAUACUCAUCUACUACAUAUUAUUAAUAUGCUACCAAUUCACAUUCUGAUCCAAUUAGAUGUCAGUUUGGAAGAACUUCAGAAAACUAACCAAUUUUCAUAUGUGAUUCCACCUACAACUAGUACUUGUAUUUCAAUGAUAUUUGAAUCUCCCACCAUUGGAAAAUUUUGGAAGUCUUUCACCUUCACAGUGAACAAUAUGCCUGGUGGACACAUCUUGGUGAUGGCAGUUGUCCUGCCAGUAAGACUUCAGCUAUCUUCUAAUGAGCUGAUACUGAGACCACAAGGCUUCUUGGUGAAAACAUGUUUUAGGGGGACGGUGAGGAUGUAUAAUCAUCAGAAUUACUUUGUCAAAUUUAAAUGGCAACCGAUAAAUACAGGAAAGGGGAUGGCAUUUUCCAUUCGUCCAGCUAAAGGCACUGUUGAACCAUACUCCUCAUUGGAAUGUGAAGUAACAUGGCAGCCGGGUUUUGAUUCUCCAGAAAGGGGAGAAUUUAUUCUUCAUGUCAGUGAAGGAAACACGCUGACACUGAAAUGUCUUGCACAUCUUGGACACUCCAAGGUAACAGUUUUAGAGCCACGGAUACUCUUUAGCAAUAGCCCUCAAGGGCUAACAACUUGGAGGAAAGCCAUUCUUCACAAUGUAGGACAAAACCAUGCUUAUUUCAAGAUUUGUGACCAGAGCCUUUUGUCUAUGAUUAAUAUUGUUCCAUCACAAGGAAUCAUCCCACUGGGGGGACUAACUGUUCUCAAUAUCUCCUGUACUCCCACCAUUAAAGAAAAAUUUGACACAAGAGCAAAGGUUGCUAUUCGCCGUGCAAAUGACAUAGACCUUAGGAUUGGUGGAUCUGUUGAGGUUGCUGAUGUUGAAAUCCAUCCAAAUAGAUUUAACUUCACUGGCAUCUAUAUUGGUGCUACUCACAUUAUGCCAUUUUUAGUAAAAAACAAAAGUGUAACACGUGCCAGAGUAGAGUUUAAUCUGGAAGAUGCUGAUGGUUUUUCACUGGAUUUUGAAGGCAAACCAGGGAAAUUCACAGACCCUGCAUUUCCUAACAUAUUUUUCUUGGACUUAGAGGAAGAGACAUCUGUGGAGUGUGGCAUAGCAUUUUCUCCCAAAGAAGUGGCAACGUACAACUUUACCAUGCAAGUUCGAGUUAAUUUCUUUGCAACUUCAGAACUUGAUUCUCAGUGUUGUUUGUCAGACUCUAAUGUGAUUCCAAAUAGACCACCAGAUAUUCAACUAUGUUAUAUUGAAGCUAUUGUGUUGCAAGCACCACUGACAUUAUCCAGCACUUAUUUUAUCUUUGAAAUCCCAUUACAUACUCUGGAUCCUAAUGACAGGGUCACAAAAACUCAGAAUCUGGUCUUACAUAAUACUUCAAGAAAAAAUGUAGAGUGGAAUUUGGAUAUUAGAAAUACUAAUAAACUUUUCAAAGAUGGUAUAUUCAAAUUUAGCACACUCAGUGGAACUCUGCAACCAAAUGAAGAGUGUAAUGUUGCUGUAAAUUUCUGUCCAAAACAGCCUGGAGAAUACACAGCUGAUAUCCCUAUGCAUUUAAAUGAUAAUCCAUUUUGCUAUCGAAUGUUACAUCUGCUUGGAGAGAUAAAAUCACCUAAGUUAUUAUUUGCUCCUCCUUUCGUAUGUUUUACUCCUGUUCCUUUGGAUGUACCAGCUGUGAUGGAUGUCAACAUUUUACCUCAGAACUAUUUCAGGAAUUCAGCUUUAAGUGUCCGCAUAUCCCCAGCAAAGCUUCUUGAUGGUAAUGAGAUUCAGCCUCUUUCUGUGAGUUUUCCAAAAGGCAGAGUCAUUGUGGGCUCUUCCCUUGGAAUUAAUGCUUCACUCCCCUGCCGUCUCAGCUUCAAGUCAUCUAAAUCUGUAUCACUUUUCACUCAUGUUCUUUUCUGCGAUAGCAGAAAUAACUGGUUUUCACUUCCAGUUACUGCAACAGCAGAAAACUGCAUGCUUACUAUUUAUUCAUAUAUGGCAAUUCAUCUUGAUGAGCAAAAAAUUAUUGUAAAAUAUGAAAAGGAUGCCAGUUCUGUGAAGGCUAAAAGCAAGAGUCUGCUUGCCAGUCGAGAAACUGGCUUACCCUCUAUUGCUCCUGGUAAAUGUAGUGAUGCUGAGCCUGCAAAGAGAAAACUGUUUGUUGGAAUGGAAAUAAUACCUGAAAGUUUAAAGUCAAACAAAUAUGAAAUGCCAAAUAAAGGCAACAGAUUUAUGACAAAGGAGGCAAAAGACAAGGAAUUCUUUUCUCCUAAAGAAGGAACAAGGACAUAUGACUUCUUUCUGAAGACUAUAAAUGCAGUUCAGACCUGGUUCAGUCUUUUCGGUUGGCCUGAAGGACCCCAUUCUCUUCAUAUUCCAGAGACUGUAAGAAGGGAUGUGUGUAAAAUACAACUGUACUCAUCAGCACUAUCGGCCAAAAAAUUUUCCAGACAGAGUGACUUUUCCAAAUAUAAUAAGACCAUUUAUGAUGUGCUGGUCCACCUGUGUGGAAAAAUGCCACCUGGAAUUAAUUUAAGUCAGUCUUUACCUGUAGAUUACCCUGAAAGGGUGAUUCAGCUUCACUGCCAACAUUCUUUACUUCUUGAGUUUCUCAGUGCUCAAGGAGCUUGUAUUUCUCAUGUACUGCCAGAAUUUCUGCUUGAACCAGAAGAUUAUAAGAAGUGGAUUGAAAUUACAUCUUCCACUAGUACCUCAGCCAAGUUGUCCCACAUACCUAAGGGAAAGCACUCUGUUGUUAUAGAUAUGAUACACUUUGAAGCCUGGAGUAAACGAUCAUGGACUGAUGUAUUCCUUCAGAUAUACAAGGUUCUGGUACUAUCCCGAGUUGUACCAUAUAGCAUCAAUAAUAUGCCCCCUAUACAUGUGCAAAAUUCACCGAAAGUCAAUGCUUAUUUUGCAUCCAGCAACAUAUAUUCUACUCCUGAAAGGAUUCUGCUUAGCUGGAUGAACACAAUUUAUGAAAACUCCCGACAUGUUAUUUGGAAAAACUGUCAAAAAGGUGUUAUUCCCCCUGAGAAAUGGAUAGUAAAUUUUGACAAAGACCUUUUAGAUGGCCUUGUUUUUGCAACAGUGUUGGGAGCCUAUUGCCCAUUUUUGAUUGAGUCUCAUUUCAUAAACAUGUACACACAACCAAAAAGUUCUGAACAGUAUCUGCACAAUUGCCUGAUAGUUGUGAAUGUUCUUCAUGAAAUUGGCUUUGACAUGGACAUACAGGCUGCUGACAUCUGUGAUCCCAAUCCAAUCCUGAUGCUCAUGUUUUGUGUCUACAUGUAUGAAAGACUUCCUACAUAUCUCCCCAAGAAAGUGGUGCCCUUUCAUUGUACUCUACAUGACACAGUGUUUAGAGAGAUUCAACUGAAAAAUCCAAGCUUGAAAAGCUUAGUUUAUACUGCUACCAUUGUCGGAAGAGAUGCCUCCGACUUUUCUCUCUCCCAAGCAGGGAACACUGUGACAAUUUCUGCAAAAAACCAAAUUACUAUCACUCUGAAAUUUACCAGUCGCUUCCUCCAUCCUGCUGAAGCUUCACUGCUAUUAAUUUCAAGACCUAAGAGUGGAAUAGGAGGUACUACGAUGAUUUUUGCUCUCAAGGGCGAAGUCCUCAAUUUUAAAGCCAUCGCAACUAUAAAAUGCAAAUCCCCAUGUUAUACAUGGAAAGAAAUUACUGUGAAAGUUAAAAAUCCCUUCGAAGCUUCUGGUGACUUCAAUGUCAUUCUGGUGGAAUCCUCAACAUUUAUCUCUUUGCCAUCCCAAUUAACUGAAGUUGAAGAAUCUGUUGACUUCUUGAACCGCGGUGUUGCUGUGAAUAGCAGUGAAUGUGAUAUUGCUGAGGGCCAUCCCCAGGACCCAAAUGCUUUAAAAACCUCAAUUAAGUCCAAUUUCAUCAAAGAGUUCUCUUGCGCUACACGUACUCUUCACCUGGCAGCGAAGGGGACUUCAAGCCUGGAGCUCAUCUUCCUGCCGUUUGGCAUGCACACGCGCUACUGUGUCACCAUCCUCAGUAACAGAGAGAUUGGAGAAUUAAUAUAUAUUUUGGAAGGAAGAGGCAUCAUCCCUUUGCCUUCCAGAUUCCUUCCAAUGGAUUCUUCAACUCCCCUUGAGUAUAGCAGUUCUCCAGAAGAAGUGCUUACUAAGGAUGAUCCAGUUCUGUAUUUGAAAUGUAAGCUCCACCAAGUCUUGGAUGUGGACCUUAAAUUGUCACUGACUAAUGAAGCCAAGGAGAAGGCCUUGGCUUUUGCAGCACAGCAGCAGAUGUCGAAGAUAGAGUAUGAGAGAAGGCUGCUCACAGGUACUCUGGAGAGCAGUAGCGUCCGAGUGGCCAUUGCCCUCCUGGGACUGACCAAGAUCGAGAUGUGUAUGCUCUUUAAUGUUUCAAAGUUGAAGAAGCCAAAGUCCAUUUUAUACAAAGCAGAACUGAGCCUUCCAGAACAUUUUGAUAUCCCCAAGACAGUCUGCAUUCCUCAGAUUCCAGAAACUCAAGUUGAAUUGGCUCAAUAUCAAGGAAAUAAACCUGCAGGAAAAACAGCUGCAGCUAGAUCUGUUCCAGUCCCUUUGCGAUUUGUUCCUCUCAGCCCUGGACGCUACCCUUGCAAAAUUUUGUUGACAUCAAGGCACGAUGUGCGUCUCUAUUGCAUUGAAGGUGUGGUGAAUGAAGAACGUCCAGAGGCCAGAUUUGAUUUUGAAACACCAGCAUUUGAAGCCCUUACCCAGAAUAUUCCAAUUAAUAAUGAAACAAAUAAUGAAUGGAAAUGUCAAGUUACUAUAGAAGGAGAAUGGUUUCAUGGACCUCCUAUUUUGUAUGUCAGACCAGGUGAAACUGUGGAUUAUCCUCUCACAUUCAAACCUAUUUUGGAAUGUGAGAUUAUGGGCAGGCUUAUUCUACAAAAUGAAGUAGAUGGUAUGGAGCAUAUCUUUGACAUAAAGGGAAUUGGAAAAAGACCCCUGGCUUUGGAAUACAUCACUAUAGACUGUCAAGUGGGGGAAGUAACCAAUAAACACAUAAUAGUGCCCAAUUAUACCCCAAGCAUCCUAACAUUUAAGGUAUCUUCAGAUCUUCCGAUAGUGUGGGGAAACCCAGACAUUACCAUAGACCCUGAUAACACAGUUCCGUAUAUUCUACAUGUCUGCCCUUGGAAGCGUGGUAUAUUCAAAGGUACAAUUACAUUUUCUGUUAAAAGCAAGCAUGAUGGUGAUUCUCAGGAUGACUCAGAUGAAGAUCAAGAUAGAGAUCAAAUACCCUUCUAUAAGGAAUCAUUAUCAGAACUAUCUGACAAGUUUGAUGAGGAAAAACCAGAUAAUGCUAUUAACAAUUUGCUAAUCUGGUAUCAGCUUGAGAUCCAUAGUGCUCCUGGGCCACCCUUCAAGAUUAUUGACAUGAAAUGUGUUGCUAUGGAGACUGUUUGUAUUGAAGUACCUCUCAUUAAUCCAGAAGAGAAAAUUAUUCACUUUGACGUGUUAUUCUCAAGUGCUGCCUUCAGUGGACUCGAUGAACUUGAACUAUUUCCACGAGAUUCUGUCAACUAUAUCGUACGGUAUUCUCCAGCAUGUGCAGGCUUUACAGAAGAAAGCAUUGUUUUUCAGCCUGAUUUGGGUCUAGAGUUUUGGUAUUUACUGAAAAUAACUACCGACCUUCCAGAACCAACCAUAAUGAAAGAAAUAUAUUGUGACCUUGGAAAGGUUGCCACUGAGAUGAUUUCUUUAGAUAAUCCUACAUGUGAAACCUUAGAAUUGCAUGCAACAAACAGUAACACUGAAAAUUUUGUCCUGGAGAUUAAGAGAUUACCACUGAUCAUACCGCCUAACUCAGCCAGAGACAUACCUAUUCACUUUCGUCCUUCUGCUCUUGGAAGAGCUAGUCAUCAGACUUCUGUCAUCUUCCACUGUGCUCAGUUUAAGGAAUGGAUAUUCCUCCUCUCUGGAAUAGGACUGUUCCCCCAGCCUCACGAAAUACAAAAAGUAACUGAGUCCCUUCAUCUUCAGACAUCUGUUCCUAUACCUUUCCAAAAUCCCACCAAAGAAGAGGUUUUCAUCGAUAUCAUACUAACUGGUGAGGAAAAGCCCAAGCAUCUUGUCAUGGCUCCAAUCUGGGACAGCUUCCUCGAGGAGACUUCUGCCUUCAAGAUUAGUGGUGUGACUCACACAAAAGGAAUUUCAUUGCCUCCUAAAGGGACUCUGGAUAUCCAGGUGUUAUUUAUGCCCCAGGUUAUGAAAUUACAAAAAACAAUGGUCCUUAUUCAAAUGAGGAAGGCGAGUGGAAAAAGAUGGCUUAUUGACAAUUUUAUGGAAUUGCACCCAGAGAUGAAAAGGGGUUUGGGACUAGACAGUGAAGAAAUUCUAGAAAUACGCUGGAUAUACCCUAUUGUUGGAUUCCCACAGGCAGCAGCUCCUGAAAACUCACAAAUUGUCAUAAAGUGUCAGGCCAGGAAGCGGCUAGAAGAGGAAGUGGAAGUCACACUGGAUGGAGAUUUUGGGGGAAAAAAUCCUAUCUUAGACCUGUCAGACUUUAUAGUGAUUCCAAAGAGAAAAUCAUAUACAUAUUAUGAAGAUAUAGAAGAUGUACCCAUGAAACAUGAAUUUGAAUAUGGCAUUGAAUUUGAAUCUGAAGUUGAAGAGGCUAGUUUGGAAUCCUGUAUGGCUAUAUAUUUGAUCAAAAAAUCUUAUAAUGCCAAGAAUGAACAGAUAACAUUGGUCUUCAAUCUGAUAUUUACACCAAAGAAACCAGCGAGGUCUCAAGUUACACUGAAAGUAGAGUGCAUGACACAUGGGAUCUGGACAUUUCCCAUGAUGUUGAUUGCGACUGAGCCUGAUGUGGAUGAGGUCAUUGAUAUUGAAGCGGUUGGUUUAUUUAAGGAAUCUACUGUUAACUUCAGACUGACAAGUCAGGCAAGAAAUCCUGAGUCAUUCACAGCAAACUUCCUACCUGGCAGUGAUCCUGAAUUUUUUGUAAAACCUCAGAUUGGAGAACUUCUUCCUAAAGGAACUCUCAUCACUGUGGGUUUUAUACCCGCAAUGUACAGCAGGAAAUACAAAGCAACAUUAGCAAUACAGACAGCGGAUAUGUACUGGUUGUAUGAGAUCAAUGGGUUACCUCAAGUUUCCGUACUGCCGGUGAAUGUAAAAGCCAAAGUUGAUGCUCGUAACAAGGUGUUUGACAAAAAGCCAGCUCGUCGGCGUAAUUUUCUCUAUGAAAAUGCUCAACUCACAAGAACAGGGGUAUCCUCUACGAUCAAGGGGGCUCCUUUGGUGUUGAAGAAUAAAUAA